GCUGCACUUUCAGGCAUGUCCAGCACUUGUGAGGAAGGAUCAAAGUAUCCUGCAACUUUCAUGGCUGUGAUGGCUUCAGCUACAAAGAAGAGAAGGAACCCACCCGGCAAUCCAGAUCCAGACGCAGAAGUAAUAGCUCUCUCUCCACGAACCCUAGUCGCAACCAAGCGCUACAUCUGCGACGUGUGCCACAAAGGCUUUCAGAGAGAUCAGAACCUCCAGCUGCACAGAAGAGGCCACAAUCUGCCUUGGAAGCUGAAGCAGAAAAGCAGCAGCGAAUCGAAGAAGAAAGUUUACGUGUGCCCGGAGGUCACCUGCGCCCACCAUGAUCCAAAGCGAGCAUUGGGAGAUCUGACCGGAAUCAAGAAGCACUAUUCCAGGAAGCACGGAGACAAGAAAUGGAAGUGCGAUAAGUGUGGGAGGAGGUAUGCGGUGCAGUCGGAUUGGAAGGCGCAUUUCAAGAGCUGCGGGACAAAGGACUAUCGCUGUGGCUGCGGAACCGUUUUCUCGAGGAAGGAUAGCUUUGUAACUCACCGAGCCUUCUGCGAAGCUCUGGCGCAUGAAGAGAGCUACAUGGCUAAUAAUAGUCUGGCAGCCAUGGUUCCCCAAGACCUAUCCUCCUCUGAUCUGAGAUCUCUCUCCCACAUGCAUUUCAGCAAUGAAAAUUUAAUCUUUUCUAACCCACAGAUUUCUUCUGGAGACUCCUCAUUCAUGUCUGCUUCUGCGUUGCUGCAACGGGCAGCAGAUAUGUCGGGAAGCAGCCUCAGUGAUGAAUCACUCUGUCCAUUAUUUCUGGGAGCUGAGAUGGGGGAGAGGAGGAGUGGAGGGAUGACGAAGGAUUUCUUAGGGUUGGGUGAUUCUGGGUGUCCAGGUGGGAGGAGUUCUGGGAAUGGGGGCUACUUCGAGAAUGAGUUUUAUUCAUGCCAGCAAAUGAGUCAUGGGUGGACGCCAUUUGAGAAGGACAUGUGGCACUGAGGGGAGCUCUUUUGAGCAGAGAUUUAUGUGAUUUUUUUUUUUUUUGAAUAUU